AUGAAAUUUUCUUGUUAUCUUUUUUCAAAAGGACCUCCAAAAGUGGCCCCCCCCCAAAGGGGGCCCAGUAGGGGCCAGGGGCUGGGGAGUUUGAAACCUCAAGAAACCUGUAAACUUGCCCCCCGGGGGUUUGGGAAUAUCUACCCUCGUAGACAGUUAUUGGUCAAACAAAAAGUUGAGGGACUUGAAGCUUUUACAGGCUAUGAAACAAACAACAAGUAUGAAAUAGUGAAUUCACUCGGACAGAGGAUAUUCUAUGCUGUAGAAGGUACAAAAGUGACGGUUGAGGCACCAGCAGGUCAUGUGAUUGGCUACGUAUCACAGGCAUGGAGUAUCUGUAAACCAAGGUAUAAGAUCCAGACAGCUAAUGAGGAAACAGUGUUGAGAGUUAAAGGACCAUGCUGUACAUGGAAUCUCUGUGGUGAUAUUGAAUUUGAUAUUACAACUGCUGACGAGACGUCAUUCUGUGGUCGUAUAACAAAGCAGUGGUCUGGUUUGGCAAAGGAAGCAUUCACCGAUGCUGACAAUUACGGAAUUUCAUUUCCCAUUGACCUUGAUGUGAAUGUAAAAGCCGUCCUGGUCGGAGCCGUUUUCCUCAUU